AACAGCUUAUAGACUUGAUUUACAGGACAGUCCCAGACUGUCACUUAGUAACCAUGUCAGCCAAAAAAUGGCAUUGGCGAUCCCGAGUCGCUGCCCUUCACUUGGCCCAAAGCAUUCCCGUCUCCAAAAACUACAGCAAUUACAGUUUCGUGUUACUAUCCGUUUCCUUGUGACCAUGCAAUCACUGAAAAAAGCGAGGUGUAAAACAUUUCUGUGAUCGUAACCAAGGUGAAGUGGUUUAAAAAUAGCAAAACCCCGCAAAAGAGGGUGAUCUAAGACCACUUGCUUGCAGGUGUUUGGAAAUUCCUUCGGUCCAUCUACAAAAGCAGUCCUGUGGGGAUCUGUGUUAGAAUAGAUCCUCAGUACCCCUUGCUUGUCAUAAGAGGUGACUAAAUGGGGCGGUCCUUCAGAUGAAACCACAAAAACUGACAGAGGCUCUGUGUCACAGCAGGUGUGGCAUAUAAAGAUCCUUCCCUGCUCAGAGGCCGUAAGCCUAAAGUUUGCAGCCCUUCACCGGCAAUGGUGACAUCUCCAUAUGAGGGAAAAUUUCUGGAGCGGGACAUUAAAGAAUGUACAAUCAAUCAUCUAUGAAAGGAAGUACAUCUACGUACAUGUGUGUCCGUUGUAAUCUUUAUAAUGUGUUUCUCUUGCUCUCAUGUUGGCUGAAAUGACUGAACACAAAUGUCAUAUAUAUGUAGAUUGAAACAAAAGUACACAAAGAUUGGGAAUCGCUUCACAAAUAGAAUGGAAGUUUGAACAUGUCAAAUUUCUUGAAUGAUGUGAGGAUUCCUUUUAGAUGGAAAUAACAAGAAAGUACAUGUAUGUGAAAUUAUCGCCCACAUGAUUAAAAAUUAGUAAUGGAAAGACUAAUUUAUGAGAUAAGAAAUUUCUUCAUGUGGAAUUUUUGCAUAUUCUAUUGACAAUUAUUUAUUUUGUUAUUCAUAUUCAUUUAAAAUUUUUAAUGCAGAAAGAUACAAUCUCAGUGAUAUAUUCAUAUGUUUUUGAUAAGGUUACAUGUAGUUACAUGUUCCUCAUUUUUUAAUGUAAAAAUAGUGUAAAAGAAAAUCUUCCUGGCAAAUGCAAAAUCUUACUUACAAAUCCAAUCACAAAUACUGAGCACAGAUCUGUUAUUAAUAAUCUGCCUUCAAGAUCAAGAAUUUCUUUAUCUUCUGAGUUGAGUAGCCAAAAUAGUUUUUGUUCAUUAUCUAAAACAGAAAAUUUUGGAUAUUUUUUGCCAAUAAAUUUAAAUGUUUAUUUUCUUUCAUUGUCAUAUUUUUCACAUGUUAUCAAAAAAUGUAUUUCAUCUUAAGAUGAGAUGAGAUUCUUAAUUUCCAAAUCUAAGUUAGGUUACUUAAUCAUAGAUAGAUCUUGGUGAAGAUCUACAGAUUUCCUUACAUUUUCAUGCCUAGACUUUUAAGAAUAAUGUAGUAAUAAGGUACCUUCAUUGUUGAAAUUUACAGGGUUCUUUUCUGCAGCAGUGUUCUAAAUUUAGCUGAGCUAAUAGCUCUUCGUCAGGACUUGGCUCCACUUAAGAAAAUUAUUUAUUUUCAUGAAAAUCAACUUAUCUACCCAGUGAGAGAUAAGAAAGAAAGAGAUGUUCAGCAUGGAUAUAACCAAAUACUGUCCAGUUUAGUCGCAGACAGAGUUAUUUUCAACUCACAUUACAACAUGGAAUCAUUUCUGUCUUCAAUAGACCAAUUCCUGCACAUCCUUCCAGACUAUCGACCAAAAAAUCUGGCCAAUCAGAUCCGACCAAAGUGUCAGGUUAUCUACUUCCCUGUAGAAGAAACAGGUGUGUUGCCGGUUAAUCAAGACUCACAACCAACACUAUCCAAUCCAAAGAGUAACUCAGAAACACAGAGAUUAACAGCCAAUCACAGCACAGACUCACAAUCAACACUAUCCAAUCAGAACAGUCACUCAGAAACACAGAAAUUAACAGCCAAUCACAGCACAGACUCACAAUCAACACUAUCCAAUCAGAACAGUCACUCAGAAACACAGAAAUUAACAGCCAAUCACAGCACAGACUCACAAUCAACACUAUCCAACCAGAACAGUCACUCAGAAACACAGAAAUUAACAGCCAAUCACAGCACAGACUCGCAAUCAAUGCUAUCCAAUCAGAACAGUCACUCAGAAAGACAGAGAUUAACAGCCAAUCACAGCACAGAUUCUGAGAGAGUACCAGCCAGUCAGAUUCGUUCCUUAGAAAAUGAAAAAUUAGCAGCAAAGCAAAAUGAAAAUCAGAUUCAAGACUUGGUAAACCCAUUUGCUGUGCCACACCAAAAGCGUAGCAUCCCUGAGGGACAAGGAAGUGUUCCAAGACACAAAUUGCCUGACCAGUUAGAGUCACCACUGCAUAUUGUAUGGGCUCACAGAUGGGAACAUGACAAAGGACCCGAGUUAUUUUUUGACACCAUAAAAAGUUUGCACAAAGAGGGAUGUCAAUUCAAGCUAUCUGUCCUAGGAGAGCAAUUUACAGACAAUCUAGAAGUCUUUGAGACAUCACGGCCAUUCCUGGAGAAUCACAUCGUAAAUUGGGGGUAUCUACCUAGUAAGUCGAAGUUUCUUCGCGUCCUAGAAAGUGCUGAUGUUGCAGUAUCUACAGCCUUACAUGAAUUCUUCGGAGUCUCCAUGCUGGAAGCUGUGCAAAUGCAGUGCUACCCAUUGUGUCCAAAUCGCCUGGUCUAUCCUGAAAUAUACCCAAAGCAGUAUUUAUACAACACAGAAAAACAACUACUGAAGACAUUGAAAAGAUUUUGUCGUCAUCCAAAACUGGUCCGAGAACACAAAGUACAGGUAGAUAUUUCCAAGUUUUCAUGGAAGGAGAGAAGGAUGGAGUUUCUGGAUUUGUUUUAUACAGUCAAACCUCAUUACCUCAAACUUGAUGGAUCCAAGAAAAUACUUCGAGAUACCCAACGAUUCAAGAUAUCAAGGGUAAAUGCUGAAAGAAUAAGUGGUUUAGAAUUGUAAAUCACUUCGACAUAUCAUGGUAUUUGAGAUAUCGGUGUUCGAGAUACUGAAGUUCAACUGUAGAUGCCAUUAAACAGUCAUUCUCCUCUACAUAUUGAUUGUUUUAAGUCAAUAGCUCAUCUGUAUUAUCACUAUCAUGGUGUGUCAUAUUUACUUUUAAAUAUACUGUGGUUUCAUCUUAUUUCAUCGGGCACCAAUUUUCGAGGUAAUCAAUAAAGUAAAAUUUUGCUUGUGAAGGAAGAAUUAGAGUGACUUUCCAUGAAAUUCCAUAUCAACAAAAUCAUUUUUGGAAAAUAUCACUAAUCCACGAAAUUUUAUAUGAUCAAAAUUUGAUGAAACGGUAGUAUGUAAAUAAUAAAUGAUAUAGAACUU